UAACAAUUUGACGUUUGUUUAUUUAAGUCACAUACAGAAAACUUAUUUUCCAAUAAUGCCUAUUAUAGUAAAAGAUUUCACGUGGACACAGUCUCCGACGAAUUUGCAGAUCAAAAUACCGUCGAAGUCGUCGAAUAAAAACAACGUGGAUAUUUUCACAACAGAUUCGUAUAUCAAAAUACAUUUCAAUCCAUUUCUAUUUGAGUUAUUUUUAUUACACGAUGUCGACAACGAGCGAAGUAAGUGUAUAGUGCAAGAAGAAUCAAUACUGCUUGAGCUAAUUAAAAAGAAAGAAACAGAUUGGGAGGGCCUCGAAAAAUGUUUAACUAAGGAAGAGAAAAUGGUACUGCGCCAAAAGAUACUUGAAAAAUGCCAAGCAGAAGCGAAGGAGAAGGCUGAACAAAAGUCUAUAAAAAAGAGUGAGAUGGAUAGAUUUACAGUGCAAAAGGCAAUGGAGAUUGACUCCCAACAGCAUGCGUUAAUGGAUUCCAGAAGAGAUGCAGAACGGAAUAAAGCUAUGAAUGAAUUACAGGAGUGGAAAGAGUCACUUAAGCCAGUAAACGUAAAUAAGUCUUCUAAAAAUGUUACUAACAAUUGGUCUUAUAGCGUUAAGAAAAAUGAAAACAGCGUUAAGAUUAUCGAAUUACCAUCCUCGGAUGAAGAGAAAGUCAACAAAAAACAACCAACACAAAAGAAACAGACAAUAAACAAAUCUUUACCAACUUACCAAGGCAAUAUGCCAGUGAAAUCUGAAUAUGUGGAAAAGAUAAAAAAAGAAACUGCUAACCGAGUUCUACCAAAGCUAAGGGAAGCCGGAGAAGUGAUAAUUACACACACACCAAGAACAUUUCCUACACCAAGUCGAGAGUCAGCGGCCCAAGAGGAGGAAGCUUGGUUAAAGAAUAUUACGCAAGCAAGAAGAGCUAUAGGAUUCGUAUCCGAGGACCUUCGGCCCGAAGAACAUGACCCUCAGUGGUGUAAAGAGAAAGGAGACGAAUUCUUCCGCAACGGAAACUAUCUGGGCGCGAUCAGCGCUUACACGCAUGGAAUCAGUCUUUCUGAUAAGCUACCAAGUCUGUACUCGAACAGAGCGGCCGCACACUUUGCUCUCGGAAAUUUCAAUAAAUGCGUAAACGACACUUCGACAGCACUAGACUUACUAAAGCCUCCAUGUGAGGGUAAUCGUAGAAGUCGCGCGAAGUGCAUCGCUCGCCGAGCCGCGGCGCUCGUGCGGAUUGGAUACUUGAACAAAGCCAUCGAUGAAAUGAAAGCGGCAGCGAAGCUGGUACCAGAUGAUGAAAAUAUUAAAAAAGACAUCUAUAGCAUGGAGAGAGCUUGGGAACAAAAUCCAGAUUCUGAUUGAAAUUUUUGUAAAGAUUGCAGUAUUACUUAGAUGUUUUCGGAUAAAAUUAAUAUUACUAUGAA